AUGGCAUUAACAAAAAAUUAAGGAGAAAAUUGGAAGGCAUUUCAUGACAUAUGCUAGCCAGUUUCAUCCAAGCUGAGGAUAAACUACAAGUACUAUGACCCUAAACUAGAUGAAAACGCAAGAGUUUAUACGUCAAAAGAGUUGGCUUUGAAAGACAAAGAGAAAUAAAUCGGUUAAGUUUUGAGUGAAUUGUCUAAGAAGUUUCCAAUUUCUGAUGUACUCGAGCAGAGAACCAUUGAAGAAUUAGAUGAGCAGUCUAAAACUUAUAUGUCUCAAAAACCUGUAUAUCUCAUGAGUAGCACAAAAUAUACUGAUUCUAGGAAUCAGAAAUAAUUCUACUCUGUAAAUGGCUAACAAGGAAAUAGUGAAGUGAUAGCUUUGUAAAACAUGUAGAGGGCUUAGGAUAUUAUUACUAGAACUACCUUCAACAACAGUUUCACCAAGACUCAAAACAGUACCCAAAAUUAUGGUAGAAACAUUCAAACUGCUAGCACCAAUCGAAGAUCCUAUACCAAAAAGAUAAACUCUGUUAUCUCACAGUACAGAAUGAUAACGCCUUAGAAGAUGAGUUUCUUCAAGAACUGUAUCCCUAGUAUAAACAAUAGAAAGUUUUACAAUUAUAAUCAGCCGAAUGAAACCUUCCCUACUCAAGGGGAUGAUUGCAUAAAUAAUUUUCAGCUGGACUCUAUGUCAUCUCCAAAGAAUAAAUAGGAAAUUGAUGCAGUUGACACCAGCUACAUUGAUCAAAGUGAGAUGUUUAAUCUGAAGCAGCAAACUUUACGUUAAUAAUAAGAAAUUAUAAAUCAGACAGCAUCUAAGCAAAACGGACUAAAUGAAAAUAAUGUAAGCAUAGAGGAUCAAUUCAGAAGUCAGCCUCAGAGCCUUAGAGGUAAUCAAAUGAUAAACUCAUAGAUAUACAAGACUUUUAGCUAGAUAGGGCACAUUAGACAAAAAUCAGCUAACUUUCAGCAAUAAAAUCUGAAUUAAUCCAUAAGUGGUUAAAGCGCUAGCAUUAGAGGUGGCACAGUUACAAAAGACUAUCUGAUUGAUAUGGUCUAGAGAUAAUAUGAGCGAAAUAAUUAGGAUAAGAAGAAUCAGUUGAAGAAUAUCAUUUUGAAAAGCCAAUAUAAGAGUAGUGAUGGAGAAUAAGAUUAAGAUUAGCAAGAUAACUUGUUUGAUAGUUCUAAAAUGAAUGAUAAGCACUAUAAAACAGAUGCUGCUAACUACAUAUUCAGAGAGAAUUACGAGGAGACUAGUGGUAUGCUGAAUAAAUAUAACCCUCAUGAUACUGAUAGAGAAGAUUUGAAUCCUAACUAAAGUGAAAUUAAACCUUAAUUUAAGCAAUAAUCGUAUUUGAGUCACAGGCAGUAACAGAUUCAAAAUGACUCAGAGUAAAACAAUAUACUUGGACAAUUUGGCUAUAUAUUGGAUUAGUCAUCCAGCGUGCAUCCAGUUGAUAAUAAAGAGAACUUUGGCUUGAAUCUUGUGAUUGAGAAUGCCCCAACUUUUCAUGGUGCUAGAACUCAGACUACGAAGAACAGAAAUAAUGAACAGAGAAGAAGUAAGACAUAGGAGAAUGGAAGAUAAAGUAAGUACAUGCUGAAAAAAUUAGUCAAGUUUCCUAAGAGAUUAGAUCAAAAAGACAACCAUAGAGAUAUUCAUGCUGAAAUUACUAAGGAACUUGAAUAGUAUUUGCCUUUAGAGAUCAGAGAUAACAUUGUUGAUUUGGAGUACUUGAAAAGAAAAUAGGUAAUCAAAGAGCACUUCUUGAAAGAUUAGCUUAAAGUUAAUAAGAAAGCACCAGCAAGACAUUUAACAGCUGCUAAGAAGGAAAUUUAUAAAAGAUUGAUUAAGCAUUAUGACCCAACUCAAAUUUAGGAUUGCGAUAAAUAAUCUCACCAAUGA